GAACAGAAAACAAUCCAUCUUAUCCUAUCCUCUGUCAAACUGCUGUUUUGUCUGCUGGGUGCCACUGUAUGCCCUCUUUGAAGGAUAAUUCAUUUUGUGCCAUGUGUGAGAGUGCAUAAUGCCAGUGCUAAAGAUGUUCAUGACUCUGGCAUCUCUAAUUUAUGGGAAGCUGUGUUCACUUAAAGACGCUUCUCUGAAAGCUUUCCAGUUGGAGAUGACGCGACGACGUAAUUGACCACAAACAUAAUGGGCUCACUUUAGUGAUUAGGAAAUGCGAUCUUCACUUUAAGCGUACACAAUUUGCAAAUGACUCCAGAAAUGUUCUAGUAGACCAGUGAAUCAGUAAAUUUGGAACGCAGUGUAAUGGCAAACAGCUCACGUGGUUGAAAUAAUGAGGUCGUAAUUUUGUAUUUGUGCGACUUGAACGAGUGUUAAACACUACACAUAUAUUUCUAUGGGACCCAAAAACAUCUGAACAAAAUGGGACUGUUAUGUGCUUAUUGAGUUGCUGUUAGUCAGUGUUUUAUGUAUUUGUUCAGUAACUGAUUGCCGUUCUCAAAUUUGGACAGUGCAUUUCAUUUCAAGCAUUUUGCCUUUAAAAUGCUUAAAAUGAAAUGCACUGUUAAAAGUAAUAACCUCCAACUGUUACCUUAAUGCGAUAUUUUUACCUGGUUUAAUGUCAGGGUUUUGCGAGCACAGAAGUAGAUGAAGUGGGGAUCUAAAAUGCAACAUAUUGCCUUUUUUUUUUUUUACUCAAGAAAAUAUCAGACAAAAGAGAACUGAAAUAUAGGGCUAUAAAUACACAUAAUAAUGAGAACUAUAACAAACAGGUGUGUACAAGGAGUAGGAGACCAUGGUGGAGCAAGCAGAAUGGAGAUAUUGAAAAAAUGAGGUGGACCCGGAUAAAAUGGAGACCAGAGUGAAGCCAAAAGAUGGGAGGAACGAGAUGGACCUGGAAGAUUUGUUGCAUUCGGAAGACUUAGCCAGGACCAGUGGGAAUGAGGACCAAGGCAGAGCCAGAGGGAUGGAGGACCCAUGUGGAGCUGAAGGAUUGGCGAAAGUCAUUGACUUUCACAAAUCAUCUGUUAUAAUUACACAUAGUAAUGUGUUUAUAUUAAUAAAAGGUUUGGUUUGUAAAAAAAAAAAAAAGGAGAGAGAGAGAGAGAAACAGAUUAGCAAAUGAGCGGGCUAUUAGGGAAAUGGAUAGUCAAGGCCCCUGGGGGCCACAGAGGAAAGGCAAGAACACGAAAAGGGGAGGGAAAAUGUGGUCAAGUUUUUAUUCUAGUUCUUUCACUCAGCAGAUGCACAAUAGUGAGGAACACUGGUUUAUCCUGCAGCGGAUCUCAGCUCAAAGCUUCUUCGAUUUGCACUUCUACACAACACACUUCUACUAUGGCUCACAGAGUCCCAAACUUCAUCGCUAACUUCUUCGUCUAUGAAACCGCCAAAUCUGUUGUGGUGAAGAGCUGGUCUGUAGGAAUCAUCAACCGAGUCGUCCAGCUGUUAAUUAUUCUGUAUUUCAUCUGCUGGGUGUUUAUGCAUGAAAAAGGAUAUCAGCAGCGGGAUACGGGAAUCGAAUCUGCGGUCAUGACCAAAGUGAAAGGCUUGGGCAGAUUUAACAACCGUGUGAUGGACGUAGCAGACUAUGUAGCUCCCUCACAGGGUGGUUCUUCGUUCUCUGUCAUCACCAGCAUGGUCAUCACAGCCAACCAGAAGCAAGGACGAUGCCCUGAGACUGAUCAUAAGUUUAAAUGCACUACUGAUGAUGACUGCAUGAAAAAACUGGGCUCAAAUUUAGGAAAUGGUAUUAUAACAGGCCUAUGCUUGAACAAUAAUAAUGAGACAAAGGGAUGGUGUGAAAUUGAAGGCUGGUGUCCUGCAGAAGAUGACAACGUUUCAGAAAAGCCAAUGAAAGAGGUGGAGAACUUCACCAUCUUCAUCAAGAACAGCAUUCGCUUCCCUCUGUUUAAUGUCACUCGAGGCAAUUUCCCUUCAAUCCUAAACAAGUCUUACAUUCAGAGCUGUCAUUAUGACUCGGUGGACAAUCCGUUCUGUCCGAUUUUUAAAGUGGGAGACAUCCUGAGACAAAUCAAUCAAAGUGUCGACAGCAUUACUGACAAAGGGGGAGAGAUUGGAAUUAACAUCAACUGGAACUGUAAUCUGGAUUAUAAUGUGACGUACUGCAAUCCCAAUUACUUCUUCACACGCUUGGAUGCUGCUUUUAAGAACAGCGUUGCCUCUAAAGGAUAUAACUUUAGGUUUGCUAAAUACUAUCAGUCCGAAGAUGGGACUGAGUAUCGAACACUUCAUAAAGCUAAAGCCAUCCGCUUUGACAUAAUCGUGUCUGGCAAUGCAGGCAAGUUUAGCACUGUGCCCUUUCUGAUUAAUUUGGUGGCAGCUUUCACUUCAGUGGGAUUGGCUACAGUGUUGUGUGACAUCAUCCUUCUCAACUUUCAUAAAGGGGCGGACAAGUACAAAGCAAAGAAAUUUGAAGAGGUAUCAGCCGUUGUCUCCGUGUCAGCAAACAACAGACUCUAUAUGGGAAGCCAGAUGUCAAUCAAAACAUUGGAGAAGCGCUCAAAUGACUCCGGGACCUUUUCUUACGGACGGCAGGACCCGUCAUUUCAAUGAGACUUUUUAAAAUAAUAUUCCUACUUCGAGAUUUGUGCUUAUUUGCACUUUCUUUAAGCAAUAGUUUGUUUUAAAUCUGUGAACCUAAGGCUGGAUUUGUUCAAGAGUUUAAAUCAUAGAAUUUUUUUUGUCAACCCCCGAACAUGAGAAAACACACAUCUAUGCAAACACAAUACCAGUCAAAAAAUAUUCGUAUUUCCUGGAUUUUAGAAUAAUAACCAAGUAUUCGAAACUAUGAAAUAACAGAAAAGUAAGUAUGAGAGUUACAUAGUAACCAAAAACGUUAACCGAUCAAAACAUCUUAUUUCUUGAGCUUUAAACUGAUUUUCCAUAUAUGCUGGAUAGUGCUUUACAUCUCAUUUUCACAAGAAAUUCACAAUUUUUCACAAUUUACUUUUUUUUUGUCUACAAAAUUUCAUUUUAAAUUGCUUCUUGUAAAAAGUGAGAGCUUUAAUUAAACCUUUGACUGACAGUGUAUACACUAACAGCAGGAGUAAAUUAAAUUACAUAUAGAAAGAACAGCAAUUCAUUCAUUAAGUACUAGUUCAUCUUUUGAGCAUGUAAAAUGAACGAAGAAAGAAAACAAUGAUAUGGGAGGAUAUGGAUAUUUUAUGUGUUUCAUGUGAAAAAUUUCUCUAAAUCAGCUUGUUUUUCAUUCUGUAGACUUUAUUUACUUGAACUAUGCCCUUGAGAUUGUAAGUGAUGUUAUCUUGUAAAAUAAAUUGCACAACCUCUUUGCAUUCUUA